CGCGCCAGUGAAGUCCUCUCGGAGGGGCUUGAUCCUUCGGAGCCUAGAACAUACGCUGCCCUGUCAAAACGGGGUAAGAUACCUCGCUCUACCCUAUGGCGCCGUGCACAUGGACGGCCCUCUAAAGAGGAAAAGGCGGAGAGCUAACAGUACCUUACUCCGUUGGAAGAGAAAGCCCUCGUUCAGUAUCUAUUACGAAUGUCUCGUAACGGGUAUCCUAUUCCAAUCAAAUAUUUACGUUCGCUAGCAUGCAUUAUCGCGCGCCGGCGCUCCUCUCUCCUUCAUGCCUCUACGACAGGCGAAGCGAUCCACCCUCCAGGCAAGAACUGGCCUCAGGCCUUCUAUAAACGCUAUUCAGAGCUUAAAGCGAAGAAAGUCAAAGCGCUAGAUUGGAAGCGACAUGAUAUCAAUAUCCACGAUAAGAUUACACACUGGUUUGAGGUCAUUGGGAAGGAGCUACAUGACCCGGUCAUUAAGCCGGAGAAUGUCUAUAAUAUGAACGAAACGGGAGUCAUGUUAAGCUUACUUGCUUCCCUUAAAGUCCUAGUAGGCAAGGACGACCCGCGAGGUUAUAGAGGCACAGGCGUUAAGCGAACGAUGGUAACUGCGAUUGAAUGCAUAUCUGCAGACGGUAGGUCUCUCCUCCCGCUGAUCGUCUGGCCAGCCUCGACCCAUCGAAGCAACUGGACUACGUAUCCCACCCCUGGAUGGCACUACGCAUGCUCUGAGUCUGGAUAUACCGACUCUCAGAUUAGCUUGGACUGGCUUAGACGUAUGUUGGAGUACUGUUUUGAGAACAACAUUAUUUUAUACCGCCUUCCCUCUCAUACCUCCUACAAACUACAGCCCUGUGACAUCGGAGUGUUCGGCCCACUAAAGACAGCCUAUCGCGAACAGGUUGAAAGACUGUAUCGAGGAGGUGCAAGUACAGUUGGCAAGGAGCAUUUUACGUCUCUCUAUAGUCCCGCACGAAUAAAGGCGCUCACUCCAAAGAACAUUAAAUCAGGGUGGAUGAAGGCUGGUUUGUAUCCGUUUAACCCGGAUAGGGUACUAAGGGAUAUGCGGAAGCCACUUACCGAGCUAACCAUUCCGAAAACCGAUGAGGUCAAGGUGGGGCCUUGUUCGCAAGAACUACUGCAAACGCCGGUGACGGCAGAGGCUUUUAUGUCGCUACGUAACCGAGUCGAACAGGAUGCUCAUACGCUUGAUGCGAGGAGCAAACAGCGCCUACAGAAGCUAGCCAACGCCGCCCAAGUAUCCUUUGCUGAGUGUGCCCUCCUUCUCGAUUAAAACCAACUCUUGUUCCAACAGAACAACGAGAGCAAACGUCGCAAAUCGACCAAGUCAACAGUGGUAGGGAAGGCGAAAGUGAUGAGCUAUGACGAUAUUAUCAAGGCAAAAGCUAAACUUGCUGCUAAAGAG